AUGGCUUCGUUCAAGGGUCAGGCUAGUAGUCUACUGCUCGGCGCCUCAGAGGAUGGCUUCUGUGUGUAUGACGUUGUGAACGGCUGUACUGUCCAGUGUGAUACCGCAGGCCUCCCUUUGGGUGCUAUGGUGGAUGCUGCCUUCCUGCCGUCUGGUGGUGGCUUGCGGACUUUGUUCGUUCUGAAUGCUAUGAAGCCUGAAGUCUGUGUAUAUUCUCUUACUUCUACUCAGAGGUAUACCAAGUUCUGUGUGACUGCUAAUGGAGAUAGCUCAGCAGGAGUCGGAUACCUCGUCCAGAUUCAUAAUACAGGCAUUGGGUGUUCCUUAGAUGCUGCUACCUACUGGCUGGCCAUAUCAAUGGAGAUAUCCGCUUAUGGGACCUGGGAGGUGCCCCUUCUGAUCAAGUUGGUCGCCGCCAAGUUUGAGGGUUCCGUUCGAGCCUCGAUUCCCAAAUGCACAACUCAUGGCGAUAUCGGUGGUGCGGGGGAGUUCGAUCAACAAUCUGAGGAGGUGUUGGCUUUGGCUGCUUAUCAAGGUGAUUCCGAUGCCGGUUACGUGUUAUCCGGGGGUAGUGCAGGAUCUAUCAUCAUGUGCCCAGAUAGACCUGCUGGUGUGAAGAAGAUACGUGGCUGCCCUACUGAACGACUUUACGCCCUCACAUCUGGGAGAGCCCUUAUUGUCAUUGAUAUAGAGGCAGACUUCCUCCACUCGAAAUGGGACAAGGUCGAUAGCGUAGAUCUGAGCGCCUCUGGGGGUGGUGGAGCCGUACCCACAGCAGUUGCUUUGGUUUGCGACGAUGAGGAGUGCCUAGUUUUGUUCGGAGAGGAGACAGGCGUGGUAGGACUGUCUCUGUACAUAGAAUACGGAGAGAUGCGGCAGACGGCUAUAUAG